UCUCGAAACGCCAUCAGUGUGGAUCAAGAGGCGCUCGGGGAGGGACGUUCGCGCGUAGUGGGUGGGGAUACCCUAUUUUGUUUGUUUAUUUUUAGUUAUUUUCGUUCACUCCCGUCCUUAUUAUUGUUUUUGUGAAUCUGUGGACCGUGUUCUGGUGAUCGAAAAUGUCGUUAAAUCCAGACAGUGGUGAAAAACAGCAGGAGGUUGUGUUGGAGCGGGACAGCGAGACCGAGUUACAAGCCCUGUUCGAAAUAGUGCUCAAGCCCAACGCCAAGCGGCCCCUGCAGAAGCCCAUGCACAUGCGCAAACUGCCCAACUCGUUCUUCAACCCGCCGUCGACGGGCUCCAAGUCGCCCUCGGUGUCGCACAGCCGCGAGAACUCUGCGGACUCGGCGUUCGCGAACUCGCUCGCCGGGGUCGUGGUGCCCACCGUGUCCUCCAGCGGGCUGCCCGUCAGCCAUCCCCGACACCACAGCUCGCCCGCCUCGCUGCAGCAGACCUACGGCGCCCCGCCCAGCGCGGCGCAGAGCCCCACCCAGGGCCCCGUCAGCCCCGGCGCCCAGCCCAUCCAGCACCUCAAGGCGCGCAGCUACGACAUGACCCAGGUGGACGAGCUGGGGCCGCUGCCCCCGGGCUGGGAGAAGGCCCACACCCUCGAGGGACAGAUCUACUUCCUAAAUCACACGACGCAAACUACAACUUGGGAAGAUCCACGAAAGUCAUUGGCUGCCCAAGCCCAACGUCAGCAGCAGCGCAGUGCAGAGCUUCUCACCACACCAGCUGCCCUUACUUUGACACAUCCCCACCCUGCAGUUUCACCUCUACCAAAAGCUCCCAGCACACCCAAGCCAGCCUCCCCAGCCCCAAAUGAGCUUGGUCCCCUUCCUGAUGGUUGGGAGGAAGCGGCCACUCCAGAGGGAGAGAUUUACUACAUAGAUCACAAGAAUCACAGCACUUCAUGGUUUGACCCACGGAUACCCAGCCACCUCCAGAGACCACCAGGUGCUGGAAGCACUCUUGCCACCUGGCAAGCUAUAACCCAAUCACAGUCAUUACAGUCUCUGCAGACUGACCAACGUCUGCAAUCACUUCAUCUUGAAUGUGAGAAGCUGAAACAACGACAACAAGAAAUCAUGCGCCAGCAAGAAUUAAUGCGACAGCAUGCCAAUGACAUCGCCACAUCAGGCAUGGACCCAUUCCUUGGCCUUGCUGACCAUUCUCGCCAAGAAUCCAAUGACAGUGGUUUGGGUUUGGGCCCCCUGCCACAUACUCCAGACUUUUCUUACAGUAUGGAAGACAACAUGGAUGGUGUGAGCGAAGGUGUUGGUGGCUCAUUAGAUACCCCAGAUCUCAGCUCCCUUGACCCAAGUGAUGACUUGGUAGCAUCCCUUCAGUUUCAAGAAGAUCUACUAAAUGAAGACACAUGGAGUGGAUUCUGAGCAGCUGAGUGAUGACUUCUUAGAAGAUGUUCAAGCCCUCAUCAAUCCUCUCAAUUCAUCUAGCAAGACCGAUAAUGUUUUGACAUGGCUGUAAGCUGGACCUCUCGCUUGUGUUCGUGCUUACUGAAUCUUCGUGUGUGUGUGUGUGUUGCCUUUGACUCUAUUUGUUCAAAAGGCUAAUUUGUCACUAACAACUUGUAGUAAGUUCUUUGUGCAUUUAAUCCUCUUCGUGAGUAUCAAAUAUUGUGAAAAUUGGUAACUUCAAUUGCAUUGUUUAUUAACAUUCAUUGAAGUGCACAAUUUCUUCUUCAGGAGUGGGAAAUAUCAUAUAUCUGGUAUCUAUAUAGUAAGACAAGAACUAUUCUUAAGGCUCUUUACUUCGUCAAAUGUUUGUUUCUUUAUUCUCUUUUGUCACUUUGGUCGGUAAAAACUUCAUUUUCAAAACAAAUUCCAGAAGGAGCAUUAAAUGCACAAGGGCUUUGGAUUGUUACCACACAGGCAGAGGUUCCUCAAGCACCAUGUCAAGCGGCUCAACUCUAAAGUGCCAAAUAUGCUAUUGAAGAUCACUUAUUUUAUGUACAUAAUUUGCCCUAAAAACAGAUUUUGUGUAGAAAAAGUACUGUGCCUUUUUGUAAAACAAAGAAACAAUCUGUAAGUAUAGUUUUAUUUGUUUAUAUGUAGGGUUUUAACUUUGUAACUGUAUUUGGUUGUUUGUGUGCUCCAAUGGUUGCCCAGUUGUCAAGAGUGCUAUUUUCUGUGAAGCAUACUGACCCACCUCUCUCUCUGUCUUGCUUGUCUUCCUUAAAUUUCUGUUUUGAUGAUUAGAGCUAAAUUUUACUGAUUGAACAUGAAUCAAAAUUAUUUUAGUUUUCUGAAAUUUUAUAUUUGCGUUACUGAUGAUGCUGAUAGACAGCUACAGUAUAUAUCAUAGUGGGUAACAACUACCCUAUCAUUUAGCUACCAGUUAAUUGUUUUGUUUUGUAGCCUUAUCCAUAGUUAUUAUUACUUGUGAAAAAGAAGCAGCAGCAGCUUUUGAAUAUUUUACCCUCUAUCAAAGAAGUCCUGCUGCAUGUAGGCAUGAAUUACAGAAACAACUAUUUAUGCUAAAGGCCUGGCCUGGGAUGUCAUAAUUUUUAUUGAAGAUUUGAAUUUAUGUUCAAUUUGAUUCAGGACCAAAUAAAUUAGCUAAACUUAAAUUGGUGGCAGAAGUCAAAGAGAAGCUUAAGAUCAGACAGAGAGAUUGGGAUGUUUGUCUUCACAGCAAUCCGUCCUGCUCCUAAGACUGGUGCCACCGAGCGUGACUGAGCGUGUUAAUGUGAAUGUAUUUUGCUUGUUGCUGUUUAUUAGUAUUCAAUACCUGUGUGAAUGGGGACAAUCUUGAGAGUAAAAUACUAUGAUUUUGAUAUUCUUUUACAAGUUUGAACUUAAUUGAUCAUUAUUGACUGUCUUAAAUUGAGCACUUAUUUUAAUACAGUUAAAUUUUUUAUAUCUGUGUUGAGAAUUUUUGAAAAAUUCUAUCUUAAUUAUAUAGAUGUUCAGAAGAGUUAUAGAAGACCUUUUUAGUAUGUACUGAGGUAGACAUUUUUAAGGAUCUUACUUGCAUUUUGUUUUAGCAUGGGAAGAAAAGUGUGUUAAUUCUACUCUUGACUCCACCAUUUUGGAGGCAACUCAAUCUGAUUCUUUCAGAGAUAAUUAUUUGCCAUUUUUAUUUUUUGUUGUCAGUUAAAUUAUAAUUUCUUAUCUGAUUUAUCUCUUUUGGAAACUCCAGUUUUCACUUAUUCCACUCCUGUAAAGAUUGAUGCACAGAUUUAGAUUUUUUUCAUUUUUAAUGGGAUAGUUUGAGUUGCUUUCAAAGCUGGUGGUGUGAUAGAUCGGCUAUUUGCAUGUCACCGACCUUUUAAAAGCAAAACAUUGUAUGAAAUGAAAUUGUUAUUUGUUACAUUUUGAGAUUGUUAUAAAUCAUUGGACAAUUUAUUUUUCUAUCUUGUUGACAUUUAAAGAGUUUCGGUAUAGGAAUACUUUUUAUCAUUUUAUAGAGUCCAAUGGUUAGAGUUAUAGUACCCAAUUUGAUAGUUAGGCUAUGAUUGAAAUUGGAAGGUGCAUUUCAAAAUACUUAUUAAUAUGGACUGAAUUUCUGGCAUGAAAGUUAGCGACCAUUAUCUCCUUGUUCACCGUGAAGUAUGAAUUUGUUUGACCUGUUUAAUAUGUACUGUCCACUAUGUUCUUCAAACAAUGAUUGCCCUUGGUUGGAUCUAGCAUGUAAUCUUGACGCAUUACUUUUUAGCACUCAUGUGACAAAUUGACUGUUUCCUCCGCUGACCAAAGUGCAGCGGAGUUUUUGCAGUUGAUCACCCACUUCCGUUAAGUCACUCCUCCCGCUGUUGUCUCUGCACCCUUUCAGAUCAAUGGAUAUUGAUGUGGUGUUCAUGCAUUUAAAUGCAGGUAACCGUUUUUGAAUCUUAUCAGGUAUCUUAAACCUAAAGUUUAUUUGUAUUACCUAAUUCUAUUUGAACUACUACUGUCUUCAUAUCUUUUGAUGAAAUGAAAAGGGCUGCCGAAGACGAAAUCAGUUCGGUUGCAGUUGGUUGAGUGGACUGUUGAACAAAGACAACACUUGUGAAAGGCAGUUAUUUUAAAACGCCCUACAUGCCAAAAAAUGUUAUGGUCCAUAUUUUAAUUUCUGUUGAACCUGUGAUUUGCUUAGUGCUUUUUGUACUUUGUGUGUUUGUAAUAUGGUGGCAUGCAUUUCAGCCUGAUAUUUAUUUAUUAUUACUUUUUGCUACUGAUGAAUUCAUAUUUUAAAGACAUACUACCUUAUGAGCUAAAUCCAUUAGUAUUGGAAUGAUGAACUGCCGUCCAUUUUUACUCUGUAAGGUAUAGAGUGCGGUCAGUAGAAGUAUGUCCUUUUGCAUUACAAUAUUGUUAUCAGUUUUGUUGGAGAUUUAGAUUGUAGUGAAAGCUGCUCUUCCUUGUUCAUGACUUUAACUCAACUGCCAAUUCAUAAAAGAAAAUACUCAGACAAAGGAGAGUUAUUUCCAUACUUAAAGAGGUUCCAUAUUUAAAAGUUCCUCAGUGAAUCAGUAUUCUCAAUGGAUUGUUGUGAAGAGUAGCUGGUCGGUAGUUUUACUACUUUCACUUAUAGAAUGGUGUACUGACUGAAAGUAUAGCAACUGUAAUUGGUUCCCUGUUUGAAGAUAUCUGUCCAUGCACAAUGAAUUGGCAUUACUUAACUUACUACAUUUUGAUGUUAAUAUCUUUAGUACCUUUUAAACUUGUGAUUGGAACGACUUUCAUUAUGACAAUUGCCAUUAGAUUCAAGAAACUGAAUGAUUGUGUUAUGUUUAUUACUAUGUUGCUAAUUUGACUUCUUGUAUGUAUUAAGAAUGUAACUUUUGAUGUUGUCUUUUUUUUUAAGUUAUACUUUUUAAAAAAAUGUGAUGAUUAAAGAGGUAGCCCUGUUUCUAUCUGUUUUAUGUAAAUAAUAAGUGUUUUUAUUAAAUUGCAUGCAUGGAUGAUCAGUACAUGCAUGCACGCUCAGUUUUGUGCCUUGCCUUUGCUACUAUUUGCAACUCAAAGACAAAAUUUGGUUAAUAUUGUGGCCUGUUGCCAUCUUAACCUCCGUCCCCUUUAAUAGUCAUUUUUAAAACAAAAAGUGUUUUUUUUUUUUUUUGAAGUUGUCCUUUUAGAUUGUACUACUAUCAUUUCAAGAAACUCACAUAUUUGUAAUGUGCCUUACAUCAACAGGUCUUCCUUUUGUACUACUUUUUUAAAUGGAUUCUUGCCAUCUGUAUUAGCAUUGUAUGCUUUGUUGCUGCUUUGUUACACCUUGGUUGACCAGGCAUUGGUCAGUUCGGCUCAUAAUGAUAUUAGCAAUAAUAGAUAUUUUACAAAAGAGAUAUUGGUUAUCAUCAGAAAUUUACUUUUACAUGUUACAUAUUGAUUAAUGUCUUAGCUGUUUGUGAUGAUGUAGAUCGUAUGAGUUAUGUUAUGCUAUCUGUUUAUGGAACUGCAUGGUGCGGGCAAGAUGGAAAUGUGCUCUGCAUUUUGGAGCAAAUCCUCUUUUGGUUCUUGAGAGAGAUUGCCCUAGGCAAGUUUCUCUCUGCACCCAGUUUAUAUGUGAUUUAAAAAAUAAAAGGCAGCGUUGAUUAUUUUUUGUGCCCUAAUCAUGGUUGUCUUUUCAUUUUGCCCUACUUAAUAAUGGUGCUGUUACACAUCGGUUUAUAGAGGUAUCUACAUAGAUUUUUGAUCAGUUUAGGUAUGGUUAUUUGGACUACAUUUUUGUAAUUUGCAUAUGUGUUGCAGUAAAAUGUUUCAUCAAAUUGAAUCCACGUUUGCUGUUGAAAAACCUCGGAAAUUUUUUGUGUAUUAUUUACUCUACAUAUAUGUAUUAUGAAGAGAAAUCUAAAGAUUCAGUCUGCUGGUCCAGUCUGUUAUUCUCAAUACCGUUUUUUCUUUUUUCACAACUCUUUUUGAAAGCAUUUAGUCUCCUUAAAACAAAGCUAGGACGGUGCGGUCUGUUGAAGCCUUAUUCUUGUUUUUAAUGUUGUAAAACUCUUCAGAAUGGUCAUUUUGUAAAUCUAUUUGGCAUCAUAGAUAGCUAACUAUCUUUUAAAACAAUCUAUGUGGAAAGCUGUUCAUGUAUAUUUUACCGUAGUUUUCCCUCUCAGUAUUUGUGAUGUUCCAAACAUUUAAGUAUUUUAAAUCUGUUUCUGGAUUGAACGCGUUUUAUCUAAUUUUGUGAAUCAAUGUUUUUUCCUUCUUGUUUUGUUUUUGAAAGUGUACAGAAGACAUGUUAUUUGAAAGCUAUCUUUCAAAAUGCAAACUAAACAUAACUCCGUCUGGAGUUAAGAUAACUUGUUCUGUACUUUGUUACCGCAUGUGUAUCAUCAGCAACCUACAUUACCUGUGUACUUUUGUCCUUAAAUGUGUAUGUUUUAUUAUAUUUAUAAAAUAAGCUGAUACUAAAAUAUUGCUUUGCAAUAAAUAUAUUUACCCAAUAAAUUUUUUCAUGGA